AUGGCGGGGUUCGGCGGGGAUCCAGAUGUGGAUGAUGGUGGCGGCGGCGUUGGCGGCGGAGAGGAGAAGCUCUUGGAAGAAGAUAAUCCCACACCGACGGCAAGCAACGGCGGUGAAGAGACGGUGAGCAACGGCCAUGAAGAGGCGAUGAGCAAUGGCGGUGAAGAGGUGUUUUUGGGUGAUAUUUUUGAACGAGUUGACGAAGAGUGCGGUGCCGGUGCCGGCGCCGGCCGAGGAGCAAAGCAUGAAUACGUGCGGCCACCAAGUUCUCAAACCCCACUUUAUAUAGCAACAAGGAGAACAUUGUACCCUUAUUUCAAGGAUUGUGUUGGGGCCUUAGAUGGGACACAUAUUCAUGCUUCUGUCCUAACAUCUGAAGUUGCAGCCUUUCGAGGAAGAAAACCUUACCCAACUCAAAACGUCCUUGCAGUUGUGGAUUUUGACCUUCGUUUUACUUUUAUUCUAGCUGGUUGGGAAGGAUCUGCACAUGACUCUUUAGUUCUUCGUGAUGCACUAGAACGACCCAAUGGGCUAAAAGUUCCCGAAGGAAAAUACUACUUGGUUGAUGCUGGUUACGCCACACGACCCGGUUUUAUACCCCCUUACAGGGUUGGUCAUGAUGAAUUUAUUCCCUCGGAGGAAGAUUGGGUACCACAACGUGUUUCACAAACCACUGCUCCGGACCAAAGAGAAAAAGCACAAGAGUGGGCUGCUCGUCGUGAUCAAAUUGCAACUGAGAUGUGGGCGAACAAAAUCCAUGCCAUGGAGGGAUAUAAUUCAUCUCAAGGCAGCCAGACAUCAUCAAUUAUGAAUACUACUGCAAGAACUACAGGAAAUAAGAGAUGGACAUCCUCGGAAAGUCGUUACUUCAUAAGAUUUAUGGCAAGCCAAGUUGAACAAGGUUUUAAGGUGGACAAAGGCUUCAAACCACACACAAUACAAGCUGCUAUUCGAUCCUUGAAAGAUACAUUUGGAGUGACAGUAACAGAGGCCAAUAUAAGUAAUCAUCUCAGAACGUUAAAGAGAAGAUGGGCAAGGAUAAAAAAAUUAAAAGAUAUGAGUGGCAUGGGCUGGGAUGAUAACCUCAAAAUUAUUAUCAUGGGCGAGGCUGAAUAUAUAGAAUACAUCAAGAUCCACAAGGACGACGAACCCUAUUUAAACAAGCCUAUUGAGGAUUAUGACCUUCUUGAGACUAUUUGUGGGAAUGAUCAAGCUACUAGACAUCGUGUUGUCACCUCAGGAACUCGUAUUGGCGCACAAAUGGAUUACAACGCCGAGACAGAUGUAUUCCCAUCAACUCAAAAUUAUGAUGAUGUGCCUUUCAUGGAAACAGAUGGGAUUGGGAAUGCCUCGCCGUUUACUCAACCCUACAACUCUGAACCGGCGUCAACAACAAGGCCAAUACAAAGAAGGAAAGAGAAAGGCAAACGCAAAGCAACCGUUAGUGAUGCUGCAAUAGACUGUUUGGCCACAAGUAUUGAAAAAGCAUUUGAUAAAGUUCAAUCUAGCCGUUCAGUGAGCUUUGCAAAAGAUCUUGAAAAUGAAUGUAUGAAGCUAACAGAAUAUGGGUAUUCCAUAAAUCAAAUUCUUAUGGUAUAUGAGCACUUGAUGAGUGACGAUGCACGAGCUCGCAUGUUCUUUGGAAUGCGUCAAGAACUUCGUAUGGCUUGGGUGGAUAAAUUCUUUAAUUCAGACGAUUGA